AUUUUAUAUUGGAUCCCGCGGUGACCAGGAACCAGUGCAUACUUGGGCUCAACAGAGUUAAAAGUUGUAAAGUUACUAAGUUUAAAUUCCAAGGUGGAGCAAAAUGAGGCGUUGUGGUUUGUUAACUAGGAAAGUUUAUGAGUCUCUUGAUAAAGUUGCGCCAAGAUGUGGUUGUGCUCUGUCAACAAUGCCACCUUGCGACUUCAAACCAGAUCCAUAUACAGGUAUUAGUUUUGAAGAUGCAGUAAAAGUUCGGAAGGAGAACCUGUCCCCGGCACUGUUUACAUACUACAAGAAGCCUGUUAUGAUACAUCAAGGGCACAUGCAAUGGUUGUAUGACACUGAUGGUAAACGAUACCUUGAUCUGUUUGGCGGCAUUGUGACAGUCAGUGUUGGACAUUGUCAUCCGAAAGUGAAUGCUGCAGCAGAAAAACAGAUGAAGAAGUUAUGGCACACCACAAACAUAUACAUGCAUCCUACAAUACAUGAAUAUGGAAAAAAACUUGCAGAGAAAAUGCCAGGAAAUCUCAAGGUGAUAUAUUUUACAAACAGUGGAUCAGAGGCCAACGAUUUAGCUUUGUUGAUGGCCAGGAUGCAUACUGGUGUGUUUGAAGCAGUUUCUCUCAGGAAUGCAUAUCAUGGAGCCAGUCCAUACCUAAUGGGUCUCACAGCUCUAAAUACAUGGAGGUUUAACUGUCCAACUGGCUUUGGUAUACAUCAGUCAAUGAAUCCAGACCCAUUUAGAGGACCAUGGGGAGGCAAGCAUUGUAGGGACUCACCUUCUCAGACUAUCCGAGACUGUGAUUGUGCUGAAGGGGAAUGUAAGGCAGGAGAUAUGUAUGUUGAUCAGUUAGAAGAUGUUCUCAGGUUUUCUAUGCCUAAAGGCAAAAUUGGAGCUUUCUUUGCUGAAUCUAUCCAGGGUGUCGGUGGAACCGUACAGUUUCCUAAGAAUUUCCUGAAGCCAGCAUUUGAGAAAGUGAGGGCAAUGGGAGGAGUAUGUAUAUCUGAUGAGGUACAAACUGGAUUUGGCAGGACAGGAACACAUUACUGGGGAUUCGAGGGCCAUGAUGUGAUACCUGAUAUAGUGGUUAUGGCUAAGGGUAUAGGAAAUGGUUAUCCUAUGGCAGCAGUUAUAACCACCCCUGAGAUAGCAGCUGGUAUGGGAAAAGCUUUACACUUUAAUACUUUUGGUGGAAACCCUGUGGCUUCAGCUGUUGGUUCAGCAGUACUUGAUGUGAUAGAUGAGGAGAACAUUCAACAGAGUGCACAUGUUGUGGGAACAUACUUCAUUGAAGAGCUUGCCAAGUUAAGAGACCAGUUUGAAAUUGUUGGGGAUGUCAGAGGAAAAGGUCUUAUGAUUGGUAUAGAAAUGGUGAAUGAUAAGGCAUCUAGAGAUCCUUUGUCAGCUGAUAAGAUUGCAAAUAUUUGGGAGGAUAUGAAAGAUGAUGGUGUACUGAUGGGUAAAGGUGGACUCUACGGAAAUGUUUUUAGAGUGAAACCACCAAUGUGUGUCACCAAGGAGGAUGUUGACUUCACUAUCUCAGUGUUCAGGGAUGCCUUACAAAAGAAUUCUAACAAAUGAACUUAAAAUGCUUUUGUUUUCCUGCCAUAGAUAAAUCAACUUUAUAUUCAAGGAAAUCUAAAUAAUAGUUCAUACUCCAGGAAUGUUUAGUUACAUUAAUGAUAUAUUUUGGAUAAUUGAUCCACUAUCUAGGUUCUCAAAGAUAUUCAGAUCUCACAGAUAUGUUUUAAGUCAGUGUUUUUGUUGCAACCAAAAAAGAGUGCUACUGUAUUUUAUCUACAGUUUUAGAUUAAGGGCAUAUUAGAAUCGAAAUUAUUUAUAGCAAAACUGUGUUUUCACACUAUUUAUACACUCGGGUGGCAAUACAUCGUACAAAUGAUUUCAGUCUGGCUGUGCCCUCAAGAAAUUAUUGAAGCCGACGUAUAACCGCCCAUAGUGCAUAAAUAGGGUUAAAACACUCCUUUGCUAUAUGAGCCGUGCCAUGAGAAAACCAACAUAGUGGGUAUGCGACCAGCAUGGAUCCAGACCAGCCUGCGCAUCCGCGCAGUCUGGUCAGGCUCCAUGCUGUUCGCUUUUAAAGCCUAUUGGAAUUGGAGAAACUAUUAGCGAACAGCAUGGAUCCUGACCAGACUGCGCGGAUGCGCAGGCUGGUCUGGAUCCAUGCUGGUCGCAUACCCACUAUGUUGGUUUUCCCAUGGCAUGGCUCAUAUGAUUUUUAUGCACCCGGCAUCUACUGAUGCGGGAGGCAUAUGGUGAUUGUCUCAUCCAUCCGUACGAGGUUAAGCAAAUGGGACCGUUUCGUCUAGAAUCAAUACCCCUAACUAGAAUGACUUGAUACUAAUGCAGAUGUAACCUGUGACCAUUCCCCAUCUUCAGACAUCACCUGACCUCAGUUUGACCUUGACCUUGAACUUGACCUCGUUUUGGACUUGGGUUGCUUUGUAACGACAAGGAUGCCACCGGGGGCAUCAAGCGUUUAUUGAAUGCAGCUCCUUGUUAAGUAAUGCCUUUGUGUCUUUGGCACAUUUAUAAUUGUGGUUGUAGUAUUAAAAAAAAUAUAUUGAGAUGUAUCAUCAUACAUGUGCCAUGUGUUUUAUAUUAUAUACCAGAUCUAUAUAGCUUAUAGUCAUAUUUUUGUGCUCUGCAAAAUUUGAAGUGUGUUUUUACACAACUACGCAUAAAAUGCUUUUUUGAUAAAGAAUGAUGUGUAUUCCUUGUGGUAUUGUACAAAUUUAUGAUUUUUGAGAAUAAUUAUUUGAAACAUUUAUUAUCACAGGUGCUUAAAGCUUGCAGAUUUCAAACUAAAAAUGCUACAGGUUUGUUUAUUUGCUGAAUUUAGAUGUAAAGAUUUAUUUAAAUUCGUUUUUUUUCACCAUUAUCGUUUCUGCAUAUAUACCUUUUGUUAAAAAGUCAGUGGGUUUGAAAUAUAUAUUUGUUCAAAAUAUUUACUUAUAAAUGCUUAUACUUGCUAUACUUGUAUAUGCUUCACUGUUAGUCCAGUAGUGUUUACUAGAAAUUCUUGUAUUAAAUUUUACAUUGUGUUUUAUAUCGUAUUAGUAAAUUUGCUAGUGUUUUCAUAUAUAGAUAUUUACAUUCUCUCUAUUUGUUCCAUUGAAAAUUAUGAUGUUUUAUUUUAUAUGAACCCCAAAGGGAAAGCCGUCAGAGUUUCAAUGAUGCCACUAAGUGGUAUUGCAACUGUUGUUUUGACGACGCCUACAUAUAGUUCGGGAGAACGUUUAUUAGAUGAUGUCACAGUAGUUCUGUCUGGAGAACAGAGUCGCCAGGAACCAGAUUCUAAUGUCUUACAACAAAAUAUGUGCAGUUAAAAAAAAACAACUUAUCAGAUGGAAAUGAAAUAUAAUGUUGAUAUAAAAAUGAAAUUAUUUUGUGCUGAGUUUAUGUGAAAUGAACAUCAGAAUAUGAUCUGCAAAUUAACAAUGAAGUAGUAGCCCAAUUCAUGGACUUGCAGAUUCUGUAUCGUUCGUUUUGCAUGAACUCCUAACAAAAUAAAUCCAUUUAUUUAUAAGAAAUGUUUUAUGAUGGAUUUAGAAACAGAAUAAUUAAUUACAUAUUACAAAUAUUUCAAUGUGCCAUAUCUUCCAUAUUACUAAACGUAAAUUUUUGAUGUUUCUCAUACGCUAAGAAACUGUAAAAUGAAAAAAAUUGUAAAAAUUUCAACAAAAUCUAGUUAAUACCAUUAUACUGAUGAACAAGUCUCUACCCAUUUUUAAAAACGUUACAAAAAUACAUAUCAAUGUUUUAUUUUUAUGAAACAAGCAAAUCUCUUUCAAAUACUUUUAAUAAUUCACUUUUGUUCAUAUUUUUGUAUGUGCUCAGUACACCAUAUUAACUUUAUUCUUGUGCCAUUAACUUUUCUGAAAGUUUUUCUCUAUUUUUAAUGCAGAUAUUUUACAUUAUAUAGAAUGCCAUUUAUUGUUUAUUCCCAUAUUGUUAUGUUUAAAGCAUUCGAUCCUUGUCAAUAUUUUUUUUUGCUGCAUGAGUAUGUUAUAAAGCCUUUAAGCAUUCCAUUUUUUUGCUAAAUUUGUGCUGAAAUAAAAAUAUUUUAUACUUGCAUUAAACUUGUAACGAUGUAACUUUGGACUCUUAUUGUAUAGGUGUGUAGCAUAUUUUACAGAGUGCCAUUAUGUUUGUGUAAAUGGAGUUUAACCCUUAGCCUGCUGGUGGCAAGUAAUUCUGCCUUUGCGACCAGUGCAGACCAAGAUCAACCUGCACAUCUGUGCAGGUUGAUCAUGAUCUUCACUGUUCGCCAUUCAGUCUGUAUCUUUUUUGGUAAGCACCCCUUUUAACAGUUAAUGGUACUGUCCAAAUUGAAAGGUGGACAAGUUCAUUAUAGAAAUUUAGCAGGGUAAGGGUUAAAAACAAUAAGGGAAAUAUAUUAUCCCAGUUAUCACUAUAAGCUGAUAAAUAUAUUUUAUUCAGUGCAGUAUAUUGUUGAACAAGUAUUGUCUUCAAUAAAUGAGUCACAUUUAUAUUUUACAUAAUAUUAUGCUUUGCAUAUUUUUGCUAUGUUAGUAUGCUAGUACUAUUGUAUUGCCUCAAUAAACUGGUUUCUCCACA